AGUACAGGCAGUAUAAUUAGGGAUCAGCAUCCGAACGAACGAACAGCGCGGGGUGUAUUCCCCAAUAGGCAGUAAACAUUUCGACCCAGCUUUUCGAAUCAAGUGUACUAAAAGCGCAUUUAGAUUCGAUGCGUAUUAUAAACUAACCAUCGAUAGCAUUUCAUAUAUUCAUAUCACUCGGCGAAAGCAGCCAGCGUGACAAUAAUUCUAUUAGAAUCAUACAACGGGAAGCGCACGAAAGCAAAAACCGAACGAACGCACCUACCGAAGCGAAUGAAAAAGUAAACUUCCAACGCUUCCCGCUGUAGGUAGCUAUACACGUAACGGCCACAUGCGCCCCCGCUGCUGCUGGCUGCGUCUUCUUUCUGUUCCCCUCUGCUUUGUCGGGGAUUUCAUUUCCCUUAGCACGGCUGGGACGCACACUCAGACAGCACGCGUGUAUGACGAGGUUUCUUAGAACACAAAAAGCACCAGUUGGUACCAAUACCAAGCCCGCCUUAUACGAACGACGGUGGGUACGUUUGGGUUUCAUUUUCCACACCCGGGCGUUUGCAGCUAGCUAGUUGGCUAGUGACAGCGGAGACGAUCGAUAGAUGUGAACAGUUUGCAGUCGGUGUGGCACAGUCUAUGGUGAGAAGAAGUAAAUAAAUUAGUGAUUUUCCUUAUCGCCUGAUGGAUUCCAACGGUGACAGAAUGGAACUACUAGUGGAUCCUCAGCGGUUCAAGAUGCGACAACGGCGAUCCUUCUCGUUGGCAGAGAAAAUGAAAAUUCUCGAUCGUAUGGCAAAAGGUCAGAGCGCUACUAAAAUAGCGCGAGACUACAACGUCAACGAGUCAACCAUACGGCACAUGCGCAAACAGGAAGCCACCAUCCGUUUGGCGGCAAACUCGAUGACGUCCAAGGUGGCAUCGGGCUCUAAACGCAACCGAAACUUGCAGAUGUCCAAGAUGGAAGCCUGUCUCACCACUUGGUUGGACGACCUGCGUGCCAAACGACUACCGGUGUGGCACAGUAAGAUAAAAUCCAAAGCACUACAACUGUACGAUCUCAUCGGCAAACAUGAACUAUACGAACAUGUCGGAUUUGCUGCUAGCACUGGAUGGUUCGAGAGGUUCAAGAAGAAAUACGAUCUCUUCGAACUGAGACCAUACGAGGAUCGUCCACCCCCGAGUGAGGUUGAGUUCAAAACAACUAUGAAGAGUGCCAUUCAGGAUGGACAUAUCUCACUAGGUCAGAUAUUCACCGUGGAGACUAGCGCGUUCCACUGGAAGCUUCUUCCCGGGAUCAAAAGUGAAGAGAGAGUAACGAUGCUCUUCAGUUGUGAUGCUUCCGGGGAAUUUGUCACUUUGCCUAAGCUUUACGGUGCCAAAAAGGAAACUUCAUCUGAUUCAGUAUUCGUGGAUUUCGAUAAAGCUGGAUCAGUCACAAGUGAAGACGUUCGUAACUGGUUCUAUAAAAUAUUUGUACCAAAGGCUGAAAAUCAUCUUAAAAAGUCAAAUCUACCAGAUCGAGCAAUUGUACUACUGGCCAAUGAUCAGAAUCAUCCAACCGAUUUGGAACAUUAUUCGUUUGACGUCGCCACCAUUCCUCCAGGAUGCAAUCCUACUUGCUUACCAACCGCUCAAGGUAUUCUAGUGCAUUUCAAUGCCGUCUACUUGAAACAGUUGAGCUUAAGAAUGAAGGACGCUGUUCGAUCAGGAGAAACCUUUGAGGAAGCUUGGAAUGAAUACUCUUUCAACGAUACCACAGAAGUUUUGAAAUCAACUAUUGCGAACUUGGACAAAAAAAUGAUGAAAAAUGGUUGGUCCUAUCUUCUUGACACAACGAAGGAAGACUGUUCAAAUGACAAAAUUCUCAAGGAAACUGUGUCUAUUCUUCAUUCUUUAGGCUUGAAGAACAUUACAUUAGAUGAACUGAAAAAUCAAAUCACCCCCAGAGAACUCAGUAACGAAGAAAUCGUUGACAUUUUCUUCAAACAUCAAAAGGAGCUGGAAGAGUUGAAUCAUAUGCACUUCGUAGAACCAAACGAUGCUUCGAAAUCGAUCCCGGAAGAGCUGGAUCCCAUAGAGAAGCGAAUGAUUGUCGGUGAAAUUAAUCAUCACCUGGCGGCGUUAGUUUCCGCGAGAAAAUUCUUCGAUUUGAAGGAUAAAAACAAGGUUCGAUCGGAGGCCAUCGCUAAGCGUUUGAAGCAGGUGGGGAUUUGGAUGCGGGAAAUGCGGAACGAAAUUAGCCCUCCGGAUCUGAUUGAUGGAAUUCCGAUGGGUAUCAAAAUAGAACCUAUAGAAAUCGAAGUUGAGAUAGAGUCGAUGGAUAGUGAUGAAUAAAAGCUUUCAAGUUAAA